AUGGCACAGGAAUCGCCAUCUUCUAAUCACGAGACUGGGUCUCUCACUCAGGGCCAUUCGCCGCACGAGAGCCGGUUCAUCGGCUCCAGCAGUGGGAUUUACUUCAUCAACACCGUCAGGCAGGCCUUCGAGGCAUCGGCACAGCAGAAUGGACGAGAACAUCUCCCUGCAGCUGAAGAGACCGUAGGCGGCGAAGAGGAUCUUGCUUCGGCACGGAACUCACCAGAACGGACUCAAGGAUUCGAGCUGAAUAUCAACAGUGAAGCGGCGAUCGAACUUACGACAACUUCUCUGCUGGGCUCCCUUCCUCCAUAUGAUACAGCACAGCAAUUGGCAGUCGAAUACUUCUCGACAUGGCACCCAGUGCUGCCUUUUCUUUCGGGCCCGGAAUUUCUGGAGGAGCUUGAGGCCGUCUACGGGGACCCAAGGACAGCCAAAGGCCCAGGAAAGGCCUCGGUGGAUCGACGUCGCAUUUGUUACCUUAUCAUCAUCCAAUGCGUUCUGAACGUUGGGGCAUCUGGUACUUCAGCAAGCCUUUCUAAUGACGCCAAUAUACUAUCACGGUCGAACCUGCUCUCCCUCGUAGCUGCGUUGGCAACCAAGCACGACAUCCUGACUGUUCAAACCAUACUAGCAGCUCAGGUGUACUGCGUAUCGAUUAUGGCGUUGCGCACUGCGUCGUCGCUCGGGGGGCUUUUGAGCAGGUUGCUGUAUCACGCUGGAUUACACCGUUGUCCUUACAGAUACCCGCAGCUAUCCAACGAAGAUCGAGACCUUCGCAAAAGGAUUCUGUGGAGCUCUUACGCACUCGAUCGAUAUAUCUGCCAGGCGUUGGGCAUACCAGUGUCUCUCACAGACUUGGAGAUUGAUGUAUGCAUUCCUGGAAGAAAGGAGCAACACGGAAGUGGGAGUGCCACCUCACCGCCUGAUGUUCCGGCAAAAUCUGAGCCUGGAGCAAAACCGUCGCCGGACACGGACAUCAGUAAGGAAGUGAUUUUGGCCAACUUUGUGGAACACGAACGACUCGUUGGGCGCGCACUGGAGAUCUUCCACGCAUCAUUGCACGCUCGCAAUUCAGAUCCGCGGAUUGUGCUCUUUCUACGUUCAGACGUGGAUCGAUGGUUCAACAACCUACCCGAAGAGCCAAAGCUGUCGCCAGAGAGCACGACCGCAGAAGAGCAGAUUGCUCGGUUCUCGCCAUUCUUCCAUGUGCUGUACGAGCAACUCGUGAUUGCCAUCAACCGUCCGUCCUUAUCUUUACCACGCUCUGCACCUGAGUUUCACCACGGCCUUCAAGUCACUAUCCGAGCUGCAAAAAGAACGAUCAUCGCAAUGGAGCGACAGAACACGCUGUUUUGGCCCGGCUAUCUUGCAUCCACCUGGAUGUCUGGGUUGAUUAUCUCCUUCGCGUGCCAGGUCGGCCUCUAUAACAUCGUUCAAGGAUCGCAGGAGAUUGUUCGCUGUCUCGAUCUGCUCAAGCGCAUGGGCAGCCGUUGGCGAAGUGCACAGCGAUGUCACGCAGCUCUGGCAACCCUCCUAUCCGACCUACAGCAGACGCAACGUCGUUCGAGUACCGAAGCCUUUGGAGACGACCCUGAGACUCACACGAAACGAAUCAGGCUCGAGCAUGGAGCAUCCGAUACCACAACCACACCGAAUCAAUCCACGGCUAACGCCAGCCAUACAAACGGAUCUCAGGCGACACCUAUCACUGGCGAAGGUUUCGUGGACUGGGAUGUCAAUGACUUCUUUCAGGACAUCUCUUGGAACAACCUCUUCGACAUUGGCAAUAUGGCACAGGAGACUGAUAUGCAGUUUUGGCCAAGCUAA